AUGCCAUUCCAAGACUAUUUCCAUAAGAAGAAAGCAGCGUUCAUCAACAGGAACAAUAAAAAUGAGGCAGGUUCGCCGGCACUACGAAAUAUUACCAAUAUCAACGAUAUGAAUCCGGCCGGCAAAGAUAGGACUUAUGUGUUCCAGCUAACCAGGCUUCCUGAUGAACUCAUGCAAGAAGUGUUUUCACAUUUGCCGCAACCGGAUCGCUUGCAACUCUGCCUUGUAAACAAAAGAUUCAAUAAGAUCGCUACUAAACUGCUCUACAGGAGAAUUUACUUGAAUGACUCAAAUGUAGUAAAGAGCGACUUCAUGCAUCUAGCAAUUAACUGGACCUUGCUGAAUUUGCCAUCUUCUUUGAAAGAAGAAGAGUCACAGAAGAUUGCCAACCUUAAAUUGAAGAAACUUAUAGAAACAUUGCAAAAUAAUAUUCACAUCACUCAAGUCAUCCAGUGGAUAAGGAUUAAUUGGGAUCUGGACCCUGUGCUACAACGAUCUAUCCUCAACAUUCUCUGCAACCAUGGUAAAUCUUUGCAAAGACUAGAAAAUGUCACUGAUCCGACUUGUAAUGACAUCAUCUCCAAUGGUUAUUUUUCUAAGUGCAAUGUCUCAAGUUUCGACAUGGCGCCUCCGAACUCCCUGCCUGAAAUAGUAGUUCCAGAAAAUUACAUUCCAAAUCUCACCAAAUACCUAUCCCAACGUAUCUCCUCCCGACUCUCUCACAUGACAUUAUUCAUUGACCCCAUAAAGUUGUUCAACUACCUUUAUCCUCUGGAUAUGAAGUUACAAAUUAUCGAUUUGAAAUUGCAUUGGAGAAGGGAGUUUUACAACAAUGAUUACUUCAUUAACAGGAUACGACCCGGUAAUCCUCUGACCAAACUAUCAGAGGUUUUCGACAAGAGAACUUUGAAAAUUCUCACCAUCAUUUCUUGGAAUGACACUUUAUUGAAACGCGAGACCGAAAUGCUGAAAGAUUUCAAAGAGUUCAACCAUUUGGAAGAUUUAUCUUUGAUUUCAAUUAAACAGGACGUUCAUAUUCUCGUAGAUCUAUUCAGUUCGUUAACCAAUUUGAAAAGGCUGAAAAUGGAUUUUUUGGAGGAUUAUAUACCUGAACCGACAAACCCUCACAUUUUUCUGUCUAUUCUCUUAGCUUGUUCCAAGUUACAAUUUAUAGAUUUGAGAUAUGAUGGUCUUAUCCCACAAAUUAUCAAUAUUCAAGCCAAUAAGUUCCAAUUAAAUCAGCAAUGCAACUGCAGAAACUGUCAAAUAGUAUUUACUGACAUUCUAAAGGGAAAAAUAUUUAUGUUCCCAGAAGAUUACUAUAUUUACGAUAGUCAGGAUAUUGCCGCAAAGGACAUUUUCAAAAUGAUGAAGUACUUGUCCUUGCUACCGUACUCAAAAGCUUGUGAUGCUUACCCGAGUGUGAGGACACAACCAAUGAACUUAACCAAUUUUGUGACUAAGAUGAAUGCGAAGCUUUUGGAAUACAGAAACUCUAAAUCCCAGCUUGUGCCCAAAAUCGUUAAUAAUCCACAUGAACACUCUACAAUAACUUCUACGUCCACUGCUCAUGUAAAUGAACCCGAAAUGAUAAUAAUCGAUGAUGACAGUGAUGACACUGUCACUACUAUUUCCGGUGACUUAGAACUCCCUCAUGAUUUAUUGACCAAAAGGGAUAUCAUCAUGUGUUAUCACGCUCUCAUUCAUCAUUUCAAAUCGAUAUACGUUACCUUUUUGAAAAGUUUCCCGAAUUUGAGAUUCCUGAUGCUGAACGAUAUUCCCACAAUAGUUAUGGAGGAAAAUAACGAACGUAUUUUUGAGCCUGUCUUUUACCAUUAUGAUUAUAAAAGUAAUUUGCAUGGAUGGUCUAAAGAAACAAACAAGAACUUGGAGAAUGACACCAACAAUAACAACAACAAUCCUGAUACCAUUGCAAGAAUAGCAACCGUUAUGUAA